UGCAGAUUGUAUUCACUUACCGAGCCGGAGUCAUUGUGCAACAGACUGGAUUGUCCCCAUUAGGGCGCUUGGGGGAGAUGUUUGUGAGGCAUGGAAUGCUGGGAAGGCGCAGGGCAGGAUUUAGGGCAGUGACUUGGGCUUUUGUUGUUUGUCCUGAGUAAUAAAGAAUACAGCACAAGAUGGGUCUGCACUAUUCACACCACAAACAUUGUUUGACGCACCAUCAAUCUCCCAUCAAUAUUAACACCAGAACAGCAAAGUAUAAUCCUUCCCUGAAGCCUCUGAAGUUCAGCUAUGAUCCCAAAACAGCUAAAAGGAUUGUCAAUGUUGGGCAUUGCUUUAAUGUGGAGUUUGAGGAUAUAUGUGAUAAAUCAGUACUGAGCGAGGGGCCGUUAGAUGGACAUUAUCGCCUGUGUCAGUUUCAUUUCCACUGGGGAUCAUCUGAUAGGGAUGGCUCUGAACACAAUAUUGAUGGACACCUAUAUCCUGCUGAGCUCCACAUAGUACACUGGAAUUCAAAAAAGUACACUUCAUUUGCAGAAGCCGCAAAGCAUCCUGAUGGUGUAGCCGUAGUAGGGGUUUUCUUAAAGCUCGGAAACACAAACCCUGCCCUACAAAGCAUUAUAGAAAAUCUGGAUAAAGUUAAAACAAAGGGUAAAGCUUGUCCCUUUACAGAAUUUCAUCUCAAUGGUCUCCUUCCAGAGGAUCUUAACUACUGGACUUACAUGGGAUCACUGACCACAAAACCUUACUUUGAGUGCGUUACCUGGAUUAUUCUUCAGGAGGCCAUAACUGUCAGCUCACAGCAGCUGGAACAAUUCCGUAGGCUGCAGUGCACAUCUGAGAAUGAAAAUCCAAGCUUCAUUCUGGAAAACCACAGGCCUGUUCAGCCACUUGACCACAGAGUUGUUUAUUCCUCGUGUCCUGUAAAACACAAGGCUUUCCACUCUUUCUGAGUCUAUGGCAACAGUGUUUCCUCUGAACUUUCCACUUCAGCGUCUUUGACUUUCACCUUCCAGCACCCUGUGUUCAGUUCAUUGUGGUAUUAAAGCUUCAAAAACCAAA